AGGCGGACAUAAUUCUUGGCGUAUUCAAGAAUCACGCAUUAACCAAGUCACCGAUUCGAUAGAGUUGUAUGAUCGACAUCGCUAUUCAUUUACUUACUUUACAAGCGAAUUCUAAAAAGUGAUAAAUACUGAAUAGAUACAGCCCGAUAGACAACCUCACAAGUGGCACUACUCCCUAAAACCGUGAACUUAUCAGCUCAUCUAAUAGGACUAGUAUUAGCUAUACAGGCCGAAGGCCAGGCAUAUCCCAGACAGCGAACUUUUCUGUGGCAUAUCCCUUCACAAGAUGUUGAGGCAGCCCCCUUUCUUCCUGUUGUUGACAUGGUUUCUUUUCCAGCAAUGCCUAUUGACUCUUUGCUACGCAGGUGACAACAUCCACGAUGCAUACAAUAGGCCAAUUGGAUUCCCAUCAAAGAAGGCUAAUGCCACUGCUCCAAUAAAGAACUGGAUACGUGCAUUGCCAUUGUUACACCAAGGUCUUUACUUUGGCAAGAGGGUCAUUGCGGAUGAAUUUAACGAUUUUCAAGAUAAUGAUGAGAAGGAACUUCGUUAUUCUACACUUGGACACAUAACAUCAAAAAGAAAUCCUAGACUAACUAGUUUUAUGAUGGGCAAAAGAGAUCCACGGUUUUCUGAUUUUAUGAUGGGCAAACGGGAUCCACGUUUUUCUGAUUUUAUGAUGGGCAAACGAGAUCCACGUUUUUCUGAUUUCAUAAUGGGCAAACGGGAUCCCCGCUUUUCUGAUUUUAUGAUGGGCAAACGGGAUCCACGCUUUUCUGAUUUUAUGAUGGGCAAACGGGAUUCACGCUUGAGUGAUUUUAUGCUUGGUAAAAGAGAUCCGCGCUUCAGUGAUUUCAUCAUGGGCAAACGAGAUCCACGCUUGAGUGAAUUUAUGUUGGGCAAACGGGACGCACGUAUAACUGACUUUAUGUUAGGCAAACGAGAUGCGCGUUUAAGUGAUUUUAUGAUGGGCAGGCGAGAAUUAGGGUUUGAUGAAGAUGAGAAUGGAAGGCAAACUGGACACAAUUAUUUUCAGAACGAAGUAGACCACCAGUCUGAUCGUUAUGUUCUGCAUGGUGGAGAUCUAGAGACGUUAGAAGGUAGCAGAGGUAAUGUGGUUUAUGAUGACACUGAUAUUCCUAAUCAAGCUGAAGCUGCAGAGUUCCAAGAACUUGAAUCUAGUUCAAGUCUAAAGCGUGGUAGCGGCAAAGGCAAGCUCCAUCGUCCACAGUUUACAGGAACAGGUAAAACGCCCUCUCAGCUUUGGAGUAACCUGGGGUCUGGAAAAAGAUCAUCCUCGGUAGAUUAUGAAGAUGAAGACGAGAAUGUAAUAACUGAAAUCAAACGUUCAGCAGACCCAAAUCCGAAGACAUCAGUGCGAAGGUUCCCCCCUGCAGCCCUUCAUAAAGGGUUGUAUUUCGGCAAAAGAGCAGCAAACUGGGCAGAUAUCUAACAGCAAAAUUCCAAUGAAUUUUUAUUCCCAGCCAGUUGUUUUACAUCGUUUUCUCAAUAAGACGACAAACGUGCCUUGCUAGCAUAAUUCUAGAUCACUAAAAAUUGGGCUAAAAUAACACCAGAGCCUAAGCCAAGAUUAGGGCUACAGAUGCUUUAAUGAUUAUAAACCAGAAUUUUAGUAGAUAAGAAUUUAACUUUUUGAAUUAGGCCUAUCUGUAAUACAUCUUUAAAGUUAUGAUUGCCUCCACUGUUAUUAUACCACCAACUGGCAAAUAACUUAAAUUCAAUAUAAUAUUUAUUUAGCAAAUUAAAACCUAUAGGCCUAUCGUAAUUAAUUUCAUCAUAAUUAAUUUUGAGUAAUGCACAGUUUUUUUUAAGAACAAAUAUUAUCUAUUAAUAUCGUUAUUUAUUAUAGUUCCAGUUGUUCAGAGGUCUGCAGUACAAUAUUUUCCUCGAUUAUCAGAAACUGGAUUAGAUAAACAUAAGCCUGAGGGUAAAACUGAAUAUGUUUGCUACAAUAUGAAUAUAAGUGUCAGAAAAGAACAGAAUAAAUACCAAUAACGGAUACUAAUCUAAAAAAAACGGAGAACAAAUUUACUCUCUGUCAUUGGAGAAAGCUAAAUUUCAUUGAGAUGUGUAAAGUUGAAUUGUAGUUUGCAGUCUGGAUUUAGCGUCUGUUCCGUCCAGAGAAAAACUUCAAUAGGCAUAAUUCUUGAAUAAUUCAUCUUAAAAUUAUGCCAUAAUAAUCAUGUAAAAUAAUAAAAAAAUAUAAAAGUAGAGAUUAUGAUUCAACGUAAUGGAUUGACUUUAUUUUAAUUACAACAGAGAAAAUACAUCGCUUUAUGAUAUUAAAGUAAAAUUUAAUUCUAAUUCAUUUAUUGUAUUUAUUUUCACACGUUUACAGAAUUAAAUCAAGCAACUUAUAUGUAAAGGACGAUUUAUCAGAUGAUUUGUGGCUAUUAUAAUGAGUUUUUGUUUUGUGUUUCAUAUUUCGGAGAAUUAUAAAUUCCAACAGCGAACAGGAAAUAAUUAUGAUUAAAUUAACUAUGAGAUUAAGAUGAAAA